UGAGUGCCAGCGCUUUUUUGUGUCGUAGUAUAUUGUAAAAUGACAUCAUUUCAAUUUGGAAUGUGUUCCAUACUGCAAAUAGAUAGAUAGCAUCGCUGUACCGAUUGUAUAAAUGAAUGUGCUUAUCACACAAUAACUCUCUAGUUUAACUCUAGUUUAACCUUUACAGUUGAGUUAUUACCAGUAGUGGGUACGAUAAAGACAAACUGAAAAAUGAGUUUCACUGGAAAAGUUGUGAUUGUAACUGGCGCAAGUUCCGGAAUCGGUGAAGAUGCUGCACGCCAUUUGUCAAAAUUGGGUGCAAAGGUAUCAAUUGUGGGAAGAAAUGCGGAGCGACUCAAUAAAGUUGCUGAUGAAAUUAAAAAAUCAGGUGCAGCAGCUCCGCUAUUGAUUGUGGCCGAUGUAACAAAAGACGCCGAACGAAUUGUCAACGAGACGAUCAAGAAGUUUGGCCAAUUGGAUGUGCUUGUGAACAAUGCGGGCUAUGGAAAGCCAGAUAAUGUGGCUGAAGCCGACUUAUCCCAAUUUGAUAGUAUUUUUGAUACAAACAUAAGAUCCGUCAUCACACUAACCAAACUUUGUGUUCCACAUUUGGAAAAAACCAAAGGCAAUGUGGUGAACAUUUCGAGUGUGUGUGGCCUGAAAGCAUUUCCAAAUUUCAUGAGUUACUGCAUGAGCAAAGCCGCCUUGGAUCAAUUUACGAAAUGUUCAGCUUUGGAUUUGGCACCGAAGGGAAUACGAGUCAACGGUGUUAAUCCGGCUGCAAUUCGAACUGCUUUCCUCCAAUCAUAUGGCCUAGCUACUGAUGAAGCCAAUAAAUUUUAUGGUGAAGUCGAAAAUAUGUAUCCCGUUGGCAGAGUUGGAGAAGUAGCAGACACCAGUGCAGCGAUUGCAUUCUUGGCCGAUGAUAAAUCGGCAUCAUUCUUGACUGGAAUUCUACUCCCGGUCGACGGCGGAUCUUUGACUUCAGGCCUAAUUCCGGAUAAAAGAAUUAAUUGAACAAUAUGUAAAUUUUAGGUUUUGAUGUGAAAGAUAAAUCUGUUAAUAAGAUCAGAACAGUGGUUUGGAAUUGUAUUUUCAUUCGUUGGAAAAUAAAUGGGGAAAUAUACCUAAUGAAUGCACUGCAAAUUAUUUAA